AGGUUGGAUGCGAGGAGAAAUCUUCUUACUCUAUAAUAACAAAUGUGUAAACUUAUAUUCCAUCUUAUUUUAUUUCUUAUUUUUUAUCAACUCAAUCUAAACCAAUUCUAUUCUGGAAUGUUGCAGCAUCGAAUAAGAUAAAGAAGAAAUAUACAAAGAACCAAUCUUCCAUAUUCCCACCACCGUUGGGCACUUCAGUUGGUCACCGUGAACGAGGGAGAAAACGAGAGCGCAAGCAGGAAUGCAAACGUGAAGUCAGGCAACGAGGGAAAGAAGAGUUAGAGCUUAAGGCCAUGCAAGUCAGCGCCUUGACUGCUCCUCUUUCAGUGAAUAGCGAGCAAAUCAUCUUGGGAGGAGUGCGUCUCCCGCCGGAUAUAGAAAUCAUCAAAUAUACGACCAGAGCUAUUGGCCCGAAAGUACCAGGAGCCACCAACAGAGAGCACAAGAAGUCAAUUUCGCUGGACCAUCCUUCAGUCAGCGUCAUGCCUACUCUCUCUUCUACCGGCCUUGUCAUUGAGAGGAAAAAUAAACAACCUUUGUUGAGUGAAAUGUCUGAUCAUGUGGAAAUGAUCAAGCUUCCCAGUGCAGUGAGCAAUGGUCGAGACACUCCAGUCACCUACGCAGGUGCAGAAAUGGAUGCUCCUCUCAAUCUUUCAUUGAAGCCAUCCUCCUACCAUGUUCCUUGCAAUAAUAACGCACUUCAGUCGCUGUCAUUGUUAUGCCAGUCUCUGGGUACUCCGCCCUAAGGCGAAUAGAGAAAGGGAAUGAGAAUGAGGAAAGCGAAUGAGACAAUUAUAAUUGAUUAUUCCAUCAAGAGAUAAUUUUGUCUUGUAAAUAAUUAUCAUGAGCAAAACAUAACAUAACUCAGUUCUGUGUUUGAAAUCAAUUUUGCAUAUAAUUCUGAGCUUGAAAAAUUCAAUAAAAAAUAUAAAAGUUCGCCAAUUAAGAGUAUUGUCAAUCUACUUCUACUGUCACAGAAUACAUUUCAAACUCUUUCUUUCCUAUCAAGACAAUUUAUUAUAGUCUGGUCGCGCAAAGAUAACCCUCCGGCAAGAUGGCAAAAUAACUCCAGCUCGGUCAAUAAAGGUUCAAAUUGAGCAGAAUUUUUUCUAUAAUUUUCAGCCUAUAUUGAUCGAGAUAACGCCAUUUUUCCAUCAUGCUGGAGGGUCAUCUUUGCACGACCAGACUAUAGCAGCAUAAGAUGAAAUUCACUAAUAAUAAUGUAUUAAUGGAAAGUAAGUACACCUACAUCAAAGUGAAUAAGGUGUAAUAACA